UCGCUCUCCUUCGGGGCGAAACUGCAAAAGGCGGAUAACAAUUAAUGCGUAUCUGUUCGAACAACCGCGAUAAGAGAUACAACCCGUUCCCCGGCGUUUACGUUUUCCGUCGCCUCGUUUUUGCGUUACAAUUUCUCUCGGCGCGCUCGUCCUCGUUCGAUCGCUUUGCGGACGGUUGCAUUCCUGAACGGUCGCUGAACAGUGAACAGGUUACAGGCGUGGUGUCCGUGCUCCGUGUUCACGCGAGAGACGCGGAGAGACGGCACGGCAAAAGGCCGACAUGAGAUGCUGAUCGGCUGAGUGGGUCGCGACUACAGAAUAGAUAAGAGACAGACGCACGAUGGCAGACUCGUCCUACGAGAAGGGGCUGACCGAGUUGUCGAAGAUGAAGGUGGCUGACCUCAGACUAGAAUUAAAGCAACGAGGACUUCCCACUACAGGAAAUAAAAAUGAACUGGUAGAGAGACUUCAGCUCGCAAUUCACGGAGAUUCUGCACUGUCCUUGGACGAAACUGCGGAAGAGAUUUUGGACGAAGAUGAUGUACUUGGCGACGAAGAGAUCGAGGAAUUGUCCAGUAAACCAGAUUCACAAGAGGUCGUUGAAAAGCGAAAAUUGUCCAUAGAGAGCAACAACACCAAUACAAAAAAGAUAGUACUGAACCGCAAACCUGUGUUGGAGGAAAUAAAGAAUGACCAGGUAGAGAAGAAAGAGAACAUGGGAGUGAAAAUUCCCGAGGACAUACCGCCGGAGAAAAAGAUUAUCAAACUGUCGGAGCUCAGCACGAAGGAGAGAUUGGAAAUGAGGGCUAAGAAAUUUGGUGUACCGUUAUCCGAGGCAGCGAAAAAAGAGGCUAGACUAGCCCGUUUUAACGUAAAUAAUCAAAAUAACAAAUCGGCUGCGUCAAUAAAAACGCCCGUGCCUACUACAUAUGAAGUACUGAAGAAACGUGCAGAAAGAUUUGGAAGUUCGGUAUCCACCUUGAUGGAGAAGGCUGAAUUGGCUGAACGAUUGGAGAAGAGAAAGGCCAGAUUCGGCGAAGCAGAUCCCACGGAGAGUAAAGUAUCUAAGAAUAAAGUUAAGAUUGUUAAAUGAUACUCGGUGUUAUAUACGAAAGCGACGAUCUAGAAUACAAAAAAGUCUUAAUUUAAGUUUUCUUAUUUUCAAUAAAGCUACCGUACAACGAGAAGAAGCACGACUCGUUAAAGGCGAUGUACUUUUUAAUACCAUUGUCACGUCAGUAUUAAAGCAUCCAUACUUCUCUCUACGUUUUCUCUUUAUAUUGCCUUGUCACAUGCGAACUCUUUCUUAAAGAAAUGGACGAGGAAGAGAUCCUCUUAGAAAUUGUAAAUGGAUGUAUCACACCAAUAAACUCACGUACACAACGUAGUCGUAGUUCAAUCGGCGCGAAAAACGUUACCUAAGAUUUCGGAAUUUCAGGAUGACGAGGUAAAAAUGUCACACGCAUAAUGUGCAUGCGCGUUUUAAGUAUAGGUCUGUUUCUUGUAGCUGAAUAGGUGCAGCCAAUUAAAAGAAUAAAAUUGAAACUGCAAUUAUCUGAA